AUCUCCAAAGAGGUAAUAUUCCCCAUCUUCUGCAUCCGUCAAGAAAGCAGCUUACUCUCAUCAUUCCUUUGCUUUCCAUGCAAAUGGUAAAUGACAUAGAAAAAGAUGAAUGUCUUCCUUGGCUUCAUCUCGUGAAACUACAAGCUAGGAUCCUUCCUUCACUCACACCCGCGUUGAAUUGCUUGAUCGGCCCGGGCAAGGAAAUAUACUCUAUUUUCAGUUGAUGCUGGUGGGCUAGAAUAAUACUAAUAAGUAAGGGGCAGAGCGACUAACUUAAACACGUGUUUAGGUUGCGGCCCAAAGCUUAAUAUCCAGGGUGCCUAGGUUGAGCAGCUCGAGUGUAAGCGUAAAGCCACUCUACUAAAGGAGCGAUUCAGCGAAGACAUUUAAGGAAGCGUAGUGAAGUGAUCCUUUGUCCCAUAGGGUUCCGUCCCACCCAGUGGGAGCCCUGCCCUAGUACCAAGCUUGUUCAUUUCCUAUCCCCAGCCCAUCCCAUAUACCUAUUUCCCUAGGCCUAAAAAUCCAAUAAAAGAAAAGAAAUCCACUCAUGCCUAUGUGGCCGGCCUAUUCAAAGUUAAGCAAAGAGAGAUGAUAGUUCAGGAAGGAGAGCAGCUUCUCGAGAAUCGGCGUAUAGUUUAUAGGUUAGUUACCUAGUAGAGUGAAGUUCCCACUACUGGUUAUGUCAUCAAUCACCUUUCUUUGAUGUUUACUCUGACUCUGAGUGGUUAGAAGAUCAGCAGCUAACCUAUUUUCAUUUCUAACUUACCACCUGUAUCUCCGGAAACGAAAACCGGAAAUGACAAUCCUUUCAACUGUCUGUACAAAAUUACUUUGUACGAAUGCACAUCUCGGCCGUCGGGUAGCUGCUCACCAUUUUAAAGUCUAUAUCCGUGGUUCCAGAAAUGGAAUUGCUAUUCUCGAUUCAGACAAGACACUGAUUUGUUUACGAAACGCUCUUCAUUUUAUAGGAUCUCUCAUUCGUCAAAAUGGCCGUUCCUUCUUUUUAAAGACUAAUCAUUUCUUUAUAUAUUUGAUAAUGGAAAAAAUGAUAUAUUCGAUAAUGGAAAAAAUGGGGAGCUGUAUCAAUGAUUCUCAAUGGAAGAUCGGGGCUUUUUUGACCAAUUCUUAUGCUAAUCCUAAGAAAUUCCGUUCAAGAAUCACAGCAAUGAACGCAACACUUCCACUUUUUUGGAAUAGGGCUUCCGGAAUGAGGACUUACUCCUCUUCUUCUUCCUCCCCCGGGCCAAGGAGCCGUGGUCAACGACUUCCUUUCUAUCUUUUUUGUUUGAUAGGUAUCGCUUUGCUAUCCGCCGGCCCGUGCUGGCUCCUAUGGUAUUUGAAUUUAGACCUGUUUUUUGAGAUGCUUUUUGAAAGCCUCUCAAGCCUGGGCUCUUACCUCUAUAUUUUUUCUCUAUACUAACUAAGGGCAAGGGCGAAACCCGGGUGCAAGAGACCCUCGUUCAUUCUAUGGACGACGGCGCCUGGGCCGCCCUAUCACCGAUCGCGGAACUUCCCCCUUCCCCGGGGAGCUCAUCAGAAGGGAGUGGGGAUGCCCGCAACAACCCCGUUCCAGCGGCCCCCCCCUGC